AGACAGUACCGGAAAGUAGAGGGUGAGACGCAGCAAUUCACUAGCGCGAAGUCUUGGCACUCGCACACUCUGAAUUGCCCCACUCCGUCCGCGACAGACCACCCACUACACAAAACCACAACGACCUCUAGACAGACCAGCACAUACACAACCGCUAACAUGUCCCGAGUAGCAGGCCGCACCGACUGGGCCGACGAAGGAGACGACGACCUCGAUGUCGCCCUCCCCCAGCAAACCAUCACAAAGAACAAGGACGGAACCGAGACCAUCGUAUCAUACCGCAUCGGCGAAGACGGAAAGAAGUACAAGACCACGCGCCGGAUAAAGAAGACGGUCGUCAAGCAAAUCGUCAACCCGCGCGUCGCAGAGCGAAAAUCGUGGGCAAAAUUCGGCCAGGAGAAAGGCAAGCCCGCCGGCCCACAACACGACACCGUCUCCGUCGCCGAAAACAUUUCCUUCCGACCCGUCUCCAACUGGAAGGCUAGUACAGAGGACAAGGGCGAUGAGGCCAAGAAGAAGGCCGAGUUGAAGAAUGCCAAGAUCAAGUGCCGUAUCUGUCAAGGCGACCAUUUCACGACAAAGUGUCCGUUCAAAGACACCAUGGCGCCCGAGGGCGACGUCGCGCCCGCAGACAUGCCAGAUGACGCACCAGGCGGCGGUCCUGGUGGCAGCCUUGGCACCGGGUCAGGAGGCUACGUACCACCGCAUCUGCGAGGACGCGGAGGUGCCGGUGAGAAGAUGGGCGGCAAGUUCGAUCGCGACGACAGCGCUACAUUGCGUGUUACCAACGUCAGUGAGAUGGCCGAAGAGCAGGACCUGCGCGAUAUGUUCAGCCGGUACGGGCACGUUACCCGAGUGUUCCUGGCAAAGGACAGGGAAACUGGUUUGGCAAAGGGCUUUGCGUUUGUCAGCUAUGCUGAUCGGACGGAUGCCGCAAAGGCGUGCGAGAAGAUGGAUGGAUACGGCUUCGGGCAUCUUAUCCUGCGCGUCGAGUUUGCUAAGAAGGCUUAGAAGGCGGCUUAGAUGGCGAUGCAUUCUGGGGCGUUCAGGUCAUGACAAACUGGGAUCUGUCAAACGAGCAAAUGAACGAGACCUUUUCGUUGACGGUAGCCAUCACUUAUGGGUGUGACUAAUAAAUAGUUCACAAGAUGGACAAAGCUUCGAUUUUGCAAAUAGGGUUAAGAAUGAUGAAUGAAUCAAGACCACCGCCCACCAGCAAGUGCUGUCAAGCAUGUCCAAUAAUG